CGCCCCGCCCCGCCCCGCCCUGCUCCCAUCGCUCCGUCCACCAUCGACUCUCGCUCAAUCGACAAGUUACACUGAUCACUCGCAACGGCCUGCCUGCCUGCCUGCCUGCCUCAUCACUCUCCACUCUCCACUUGAUGCGUGCAACACCGGCAUGUCGCGCCCACACUCUCCCUUCAAGACGCACCUCUCCUCAGCCUCGGCUACACUCGAGUCCUUUACAAGUCGCGCAGACAAGCAUUUCACUCAAACUCAAACUCGCACUCGGCCAUACUCUCCAGCUGCCUUACCAAACGGAUCGCGCGUCAUGGGCAGAGGAAGAGGCGACUCCUUCUCCAACACUCUAGACUCGCCAAGCAGCGGCAUGGCGGCCAUGGCGGCGACGGCGGCGACGGCGGCGGCGAGGGACUGCGCGCCUGCAUCGCCCAGCAAGGCGGAUAAGCAGACAUUUGGCAGGAGCCUGUUGAGAAACGUCUCUCCUCGCCUCCGCUCCGUCUCACCCACGCGCUUCCUUGCGAGGAGCAGUCCUGCGCAUUCCAGCUCCCACAGCGUGCAGUCACCCAAUCACAGUCACAGUCACAGUCACAGUCACAGUCACGCAGACGAGAGCAGGGAAUGGGAGAAGCGCGCUGGCCCGGCUUUUCCUUCUUUGAGCAGGAUGGGCGGCAGCAGCAUGGGCGGCAAGAGCUCCAGACCACCCAGCCCCACCAAAGAUCCGCGGCAGAGGAUGGGAAGCUGGGUAGGCGAUGAUGAGCAUGUCGGCGCUGUUGCUGGUGCUGGUGCUAGUGGUGGUGGUGGUGGUGGUGCUGGCGCGGCUGCGGCUGCGGCUGCGAUGGCGGCGAGGCGAGACUCCAACGCGCAGAUGCAGAUGCUCGACGCUUCUGUGCGACCCCCUGCCCGCUCCUCCAUCGACACUGGCGAUGCGCGCCGUCAGCAUGCUCAAUCUCACUCUCACACUCACUCUCCAUCGCACGCUCGCACAGGCUCGCGCUCCACGCCCAUCGCUGCUGCGAUCGGGACGCCAUCGAGCAGGCAAGCGCAGACUCCCAUCAACACCACAUUCACCGCCGAGUCGCCUACUACGGACAGGAUGAUGAGAGAGGCAGAGGAGAGGAGGCAGGAGAGAAUGCUGCUCGUCGUGGAUCACUGGGACGCGGUGCUGGAAAAGGCAGAAGGGGAGCAGGCAGCGUAUGUGCAGGCCAGAGCCGCAGAAGGCGGAGCGUCUUCCGCCAUCCUGCCGCACCUUGGCAGUGUGGUGCUGGAUCAAUCUGGGGCCAUCGACACUUCCGACGCUUUUCUUCCUCAUUCCGCAGUCAACACUCCCGGAUUGGGUCUCACACGCAGCGACUCGGAGCAGAGCAUAUCCCGCAUACUCGCUCCCGAUCAGCGCGGGGCAGGCAACGCGACAGCAGCGUGGGACGCUGGCAACGCCGCAUCGGCAGACAAGCCAAAGAGCUCGAGCUCGAGCGCAUUCGAAGCCAGACUGGCGGAGCUGCUAGAGACGGAGAGGAGCUACGUCAGAAGAAUAGAUACGCUGGCAAAUCGCUAUGCAGCUCCUCUCCGAGCGCUCGCCGUGGACUCGGACACAGCGGUCAUACCUCGAUAUGAAGCUCAGCGCUUGUUUGGGAACAUCGGAGAGAUUGUGGGCGCAAACAGGGCAUUUUUGAGCGAUCUGGAAAAGUGCGUCAAGGGUGGCAAGAGGGAUCGCGACCGAUUGGGCGACGUGGUCCACCGGCACAUGGCUUGCUUUGCGUGCUACAACGAGUAUUUUGCCAACUUUGAAAAGGCGAAACACAUCGAGCAGUCCAUGACAAGGUCCAAUCGCGCUUUCAGAGAUUUUGUAGAGCGCACGAAAUACGGAGUGCAGGGCAUGGGCAACAUUGGCCUGCGAGAACUGCUCAUGGAGCCCGUGCAGCGCAUCCCACGAUACACGCUCCUGCUCGACGCCAUACUGCGUCACAUGCAGCCUGGCGAUCCUCGUCGAGCGCGCAUUCAAGAAGCCGUCGGCCUGGCUGGCCGCAUAGCUUCUUGCGAAGUGGACGAGAAGACGCGAAGAGCUGCAGUCAUGUGGGGCUGCAAACGCAGCAUCGAUGGCUUUCCCGACGGGCUCAUCAGCGUGCACAGAGGCUUCAUCGACUGCAUAGAUGUCGAAGACUUUCCCAUGGACCUCUUUGGGCCAGCUGCUGCUGCUGCCUUUUCGCCUGGCAGUGUCGCUCCAGGUGGGAGCGCUGCUGCUGGUGCUGCUGCCGUGGGAACCGGCAGGGUGCAGCACUGCAGCUUGUUCCUCUUUGACGACUGCUUGGUCAUCCUCAAGAGAUCUUCUACUUCCAUCUGCGCUAGGCAAAUGGUCGGUCUAGAAGACAUCAAUCGGCUCGCAGACCAGAUGAGGACAUUUGUGGAGCGCAGCGGGACGUCUUCAUCGAGUUCGAAAGCUGCAAGCAACAAGAUGGAACUGGGAUUCAGAGGUACUGUGGAUCUCAGCGACAUCAAGGCGGUGGAUGCUGGUGGCAACGAUUUCGUGCUGCGCUUUGCCAAAGGCCCAGCGCACUGCUCCGGCGAGAAGUGGGCAGGCAGACUGAGUAGAUGUUACGCUACGCACGACACGUACAAUGCGAGCCUGGGAAGCAGCGCCUUGUCCCCUGGCAAGACCACUCCAGCUUUGGCUGCGGGCUACGGCAACGAUAAUGCUCCAGGCGGAUCAUCAGCCAGGUCGGAGAAGAUGAGGUUCCUGGAAAACCUUUGGAGAGCACAAGCUAUGGCCAAGACGAAGGAGGGACGGAGCUACGUGCGGUGCAGUAUUUCCGAGAGCUUGCAAAGCGCAGACGAAAUACCAGUCAGACGAUUGACCUACUGGAACGUGUACACUAGGAGAGCCUUCUUGGCCGAGACAAGCAAGAGCGUUGUUGCUUUGCAGGUGGACAUACAUGGAGAAGCCGAUCAACUGCCCUUUGGAACCGAGCUCGCACCUCCACAUGCUACGCUUCGGAUCCACUCGAUCGAUGAAGACACGGGUCGCUUCUCCUACACGACAGCCAUCAAGGGUUCGCGAGAGGAUGACGAGGAGAUGCUGCUACCUCUCAGAGACCUCGAUGAUCAGAUGCGCACUCUUGGCGCUCACGCCAUCAAAAGGAUGCACGACUUUGAUCCUUCCCAUCACGCCUUUGGAAUGGGCACACCGACCACGCCGAGUAGUCACAGGGGCCGAGUCGCGCAAGGCCUGGAAACGCUCAGCCGGAAUUUGUUUGGGACACCGGGAAGUGUGAAGAACUCUGCAGCUGAUCCUUUUGCCUUAUCCAACGGGCACGUCGCUUACACGCGGGGAUCGCCAGCUACUGGUGCGAGCACAAGGAGGACCAAGAGCUCCCACAGCAAGACCAGCAGCCUCAGCGGAGCCGCUCAAUCUAUCAGCGCCAGGACAUACUCGACUGCCGCGACCAGCGUCGGGAGUCGAGAGAUGCUCAGGGGCUUCUCGGCCGGUGGCGCCCUGGCUCAGAACAGUCCGGACGUGCAGGCCUACCUGAAACAUGGCACUGGCACACCGGCCAGGCUUGGCGUGCCCCUCCGCGGCAACGCGUCCUCCAAUACGCCGGAUAGGUUCCGAAGAGCGGCUUCUUUGGGCGCAGAAGCAAACACUUCGAUCGGGGACCUGAGCGCGGAUCAGUGCGAUCUCACGCCGAGGUACAGCGCUUCCGGAUCAGGCCAGAGACUGGAUGUAUUGGCGGGUGCAGAAUCUCCUUCGAAAGAUGCGUCGGCCAGACAACGCACCAGGAGCACACCUGCUCGACCGUCUCAGCAUGAGCAAGAAGGCGAACCGCUCUCGCCCAGAUCACCGCCGGUCAGGCGGAAACCCGUGCCUGGCUCGUCUGCUGGGCUGCCAGCUGGCGCGCAUGCACUUCCGAGCGAGCUCGAAGCGGAUGGGCCACGCGUCGCAAAGCGAGUCACUUCUGCAUCCAAACGAUCUGCUCCUGAUGACGAUGCGUCUGAACGGGCACCGAAGCGAUCCCAUGGAAGCCGACAGCAGUCGAGCUGUCUUUCUGCUAGCGAGAGUCUACAGCACGGAAGAGGUCCUAGUCCUAUUGGGCCUAGAAGAGCGACAUCAACGAAGGAUCAAGGCGACGGCAGACCGCGGACCAGAUCAGGCCUUUCGGAGGCUGACUGGAUGGGCUCUUCGUCUGCUUCUUCGAUAUCCGCAGAAAAAGAUCCGCAAGGGAGCGAGAUGGAGCGCACGCUGCAAACACUCGUCUCGAGUUGUGCGGCGCACUCAGCAGAUCUGAAAGAGCUUCAGGAAGAGGUGUACGAGGUGGAGAAGGGUCUGAAGAGGAGAAGCAUCGGCGAUGGUCCUGGGCUCGAGGCGCGCGACGCGGACAAGCUGUUGAAGUUCCUGAACGCUUGGAUCGGAGAGGCGACGGAGAAACAGGUCGUCGCGGCGGACGAGCUCGUAGCACUGCAGGAACAUCUCGCGAGAAUGUCGAGCGCCAAAGAUGAGGCGAGACCAGCAGAAACGUCUGCGGUGCUCGGCCUGCAGAAGGAUUUGCGGGACUUGGAAGCGGAGACGGUGGGCUUGAGAAGGGAUGUUGGAGAGAUGAGACAGAUGCAGAGUCAGGUGGAGGUGUUGAAGCGCAAAUGCGAAUUGUUGACUCAGCUGGAGAAGGAUGGCAGGUUGGAAAAUACAGCGCUGCACAAGGCCUUUAAUGAGGAGUUGGAUGGGAUGUGGGAAGAUGCGCAAGGCAGUAGGGAUGAGGAAUUGGCUGCGCUAAGAAGAGAGGUGAAGAGUAGCAAAUCGGCGCGCAACGAAGCAAACAUGCUUAACAGCUCUUUAAGGCGCGAAUUAGAAGUGGAAAAGGCGCAAGCGGAGACUUAUAGACGGCUUCUCAUGGCCAACGGACUGCUGCCCGAGACUCGCAGUGCUGCAGAGUAGAGGAUGCUUUUGAAUCAAGAAUGUAUAGAAGACGCGUGCUUGCCAAUCUUUUCCCGUUGCAGUUCAGAAAGAAAGAAAGUCUUCGAAUGUCCAUGUG